AAAACUCACCGUCAUCUUCACAAUUCACUAUGAAACAAAAGUAACUGCUUCUCUCUCUCUUGCAUGUAUACACACAUUCCACCAGUCACUCAUUCAUUAUUCUAAUCUCAACCUCUUCAAGAAACUCCCAGACACAUUUUCCUCGUUAUGCACCACUAUUCUCUAAAUUCCUUGGCGCUUGUGUUUCGUGUUUCUUCUUCCUUUGUCUGCAUUUGUCCCUCUUGACCCACCAAAAAGAAAAGAAAAAGAAAACUCUUUUUUAUAUAUACAUGUAUUGAAUUAAAAACAAAAGAAGAAAAGAAAGAAGAGGGUGUUGUUGUGGUGGGAGGAGGGAUAGAUAGAAGAAAAAAGUUGUUGGAUUUAUAGUACACCAACACCAUCACCAAAGCCACUUUUUGUCCCUUGAUUUCUCUAUUUUAUUUCUAAUUUUUUUUUUGGUUGGUUUAUGUUUUGGUGCUUGGGUGGGUGUUAAUUCAUGAAAAGGGAUCCUCUUUUUGUUCAUGCCCAUUAACUACUUGAUGAAAUGAAAUGAGUGCUGUGUGGUUCUGAGAAAAGGAUUAAUCCCAUCAUGGAUCUUGAGUCUGUGAUCUACAACAAGAACCCAAUUAAGGAGCAAUCAUGGAAAACAGUGUUGACUUUGGCUUAUCAAAGCUUGGGAGUUGUCUAUGGUGACUUGAGUACUUCACCACUCUAUGUGUACAAGAGCACCUUUGCUGAGGAUAUUCAGCAUUCAGAGACCAAUGAAGAAAUCUUUGGAGUGUUGUCCUUUGUGUUUUGGACACUGACAUUGAUUCCACUUCUCAAGUAUGUGUUCAUUGUGCUGAGAGCUGAUGACAAUGGUGAAGGGGGAACUUUUGCUCUCUACUCCUUGCUAUGCAGGCAUGCCAGGGUGGGCCUCUUACCUAGCACUCAGCUUGCAGAUGAGGAUUUAACUCAGUACACCAUUGAUGGAGGUGGAACUGUUCAAGAUAACAAGAAGAGUAAUGUUGGGUCGGGAUUGAAAUUGAAGUCCUUGUUGGAAAAGCACAAGGUUCUCCAAAGGGUGCUUCUUGUUCUGGCCUUGAUUGGAACUUGCAUGGUUAUUGGGGAUGGUGUCCUAACACCAGCGAUUUCUGUUUUUUCUGCUGUCUCUGGUUUGGAGCUUUCCAUGUCUAAAGAGCAGCACAGAUAUGUUGAGGUUCCGGUUGCCUGCGUAAUACUGCUAUUUUUGUUUGCACUUCAACAUUACGGGACCCACCGUGUUGGGUGCCUAUUUGCACCAGUCGUGCUGACAUGGCUGCUAUGCAUCAGUGCUAUUGGAGUUUACAAUAUCUUCCAUUGGAACCCCCAUGUUUAUCAAGCUCUUUCGCCAUACUAUAUGUUCAAAUUUCUGAGGAAGACACAAAAGGGAGGGUGGAUGUCUUUGGGUGGAAUUCUACUGUGUAUAACAGGUUCAGAAGCCAUGUAUGCUGAUCUAGGACACUUUUCACAAUUGUCAAUCAAGAUAGCUUUUACCUUCUUGGUAUAUCCUUCCUUGAUCCUAGCAUAUAUGGGACAAGCUGCAUAUCUCUCAAGGCAUCACGAAAUGGAAAGUGAUUAUCGAAUUGGCUUCUAUGUAUCUGUACCUCGACUACUUAGAUGGCCUGUUCUUGCAAUAGCCAUACUUCAAGCUGUGGUUGGAAGUCAAGCAGUGAUCACAGGAACUUUCUCGAUAAUUAAACAAUGCUCUGCUUUGGGAUGCUUUCCCAAAGUCAAGAUCAUUCAUACAUCAUCAAAGAUACAUGGCCAGAUUUACAUUCCAGAGAUAAACUGGAGUUUAAUGCUGCUUUGCCUAGCUAUUGUAGUUGGAUUCCGAGAUACUAAGCGCAUGGGAAAUGCUGCAGGGUUGGCUGUGAUAACUGUCAUGUUGGUGACCACUUGCCUAAUGUCUCUAGUUAUGAUUUUGUGCUGGCAUAAAAGUGUUUGGCUCGCCGUUUGCUUUAUAUUGUUCUUUGGCUCGAUUGAAGCGCUCUAUUUCUCUGCUUCGCUCAUCAAGUUCCUAGAGGGUGCCUGGGUCCCCAUUGCCCUCUCAUUCAUCUUUCUUAUUGCCAUGUAUGUAUGGCACUAUGGCACACUCAAGAAGUAUGAGUUUGAUGUUCAAAACAAGGUACCAAUCAACUGGCUCCUUGGUUUGGGACCCAAUCUUGGAAUUGUAAGAGUUAAGGGAAUUGGCCUUAUACACACUGAGCUAGUAUCUGGGAUCCCAGCGAUUUUCUCGCACUUCGUUACCAAUCUGCCUGCUUUCCAUCAAGUUGUGAUCUUCCUCUGCAUCAAAUCUGUCCCGGUGCCUCAUGUCAGGCCCGAAGAAAGGUUCUUAGUCGGUAGAGUUGGCCCAAAGGAGUAUAGGCUUUAUAGGUGCAUAGCACGGUAUGGCUACCGUGAUGUUCACAAGGAUGACAUGGAGUUUGAGAAGGAUCUUGUUUGCAGUGUAGCAGAAUUCAUCCGAUCGGACACUUCCGAAUACGGCUUAGGACUUGGGAAUUUCGAGGAUGAUACAAAAAUGACAGUUGUUGGGACCUCAGCAUCAAAUUUGGAGGGUGUUAAAAUGUCAAUAGACGAUGAUCAAGAAGAUCCUUGUCCUCAAGCAGAAGGCACGUCCGAACUCAGGGUGGUUAAGUCUCCUAUCAUUCGGAAAAGAGUGAGGUUUGUCGUGCCGGAUAGUCCACAAAUCGAUUUGGAAGCAAGGGAGGAGUUGCAUGAGCUAAAUUCUAGAGGACCAACCUAUGCUCUAAGUAUACCUCAUGCAUCUACCUUAGAGGUGGGAAUGAUAUAUCAUGUCUGAAUUUUGGGGAUACUAAAGUUAAUGUAGUUUAGUCUCUUUUUACUCUUUUGUAACUAGAGUGAUCUUCUACAUAUAGGUGAUAAAAUGGUGGCAUUUUGUACAGUCACCCUCCAAGCUUAUGAUAAGUGCUGCCAACCAUUUUCUUUUUUGCUUUGCUUUUCUUUUCUUUUUCUUUUUCUUUUUUCUUUUUUCUUUUUGGGUAUAUAAAUCAGCUGUAUGGAGGGUGUGCUUGGCUCACCAUGUAAGCUUUACUAUAUAGUCUUAACCAUGAAUCUUAAUUGAAGAUCAAGUUCAAACUGUCAAAAAAGAAUAUUGCUAAGCCAGUGGUUACAUUACAUUACAUGCAGUUGUAGCUUGAUUGAUGAA